UAGGCAUAUCCUACGUUUAUUAGGCUGCAAGUUCAUUUGCGCUUCGUUUGCUUCGGACCGGAUGUUCCCGUCUUCUCAUAUGUAGUCAACAACUUCGUUAAGCAAUAAUCUAGAUAUUAGCAACCAUGAGCAAGAUGGCAGUGUUGCAGGUUUACCGCACGUUCCUGCGCCAAGCGCGACGGAUGGCGAAGCGCGGCGAGGAGUUGGAGUUUCGGAAGCCUGUCCCGGACAACUGGGGCUACUACGGCUACAGCGAGACGGGUCUCAGAUACCAGGCCAGCACCCUUUCUGAGCUGCUGGGCUCUUCCCCUAGUCUACGGGUAGCGCUGGAUUUGGAGUCGCUUGACGCGGAUUGGCUGCGGCACGUGGUACGAGAAAACUUCAAGGACAAGAAGACGGCGAGUACGGCAGAGGUGCCGCGGCUAAUGGGCGAGGCCUUAGCCGCCCUGCGUGUGCUGCUGGAGCAGCUCUACCUCAACCGCUGCUCGUCCAGUUGUACGUCAGACGGCGUACGAGUGGACGCCACCUCCAAGUACAGCACGCAGGCGGGUACCCCCCACUCGGGCCGCAACCACAACCUCUUCUCCUACCGGAUACGGAUCACCAACCUCAGAGAGGAGCCCAUCCAGGUCAUGGGGCGAGAGUGGACCAUCAAGAACGACAAGGGCGCAGUGGUGGUCCAUGUGCCGCACGUGGUGGGCAACGCUGUAGUAGGCCAGCAGCCCAUCGUUCCGCCCAACGACUGUUUCGAGUACAUCAGUGGAACCGACCUAGACACCCCCUCGGGGCUGCAGUCGGGGCGGCUGGAGAUUGCCGUACUAGAGGGCGGGCGGCCCUCCCAGACGCUCAUGGUGCCCGUGCGCCCCUUCGCGCACAUGCGGCCGGAGGUGCAGCGACAGUAGCUACCGGUAGCAGCGGCGAGGGUGGCCGCUGCAGCAAUGGGAAAGGAAGGAAGGAAGGAAGGAAGGAAGGAAGGGGGGGUUGGACGGGAGCGUCGGAUGCACUGCAUUGCCGUGCAGUGCACAGUGCAAGAUGUGUGUCCUAUGUGUCGCUGCACAGCAGGGAUGUAGGGUUGCUGUACCGCCGGGUCGUGUGUCGAGCUGUGUUUGGUAGCGGUGGAUACCGGUUGCUGUUGGCGCAUGGUGGCGCCGCGGUGACGGGAUCUGGGUUUAGGGCGCUACUUGGCAAGCAACCGCUGGUGCUAUGAAGGCAGAGCACGGCAGGUGUACGGCCACUGCAGUACGGUUCUGAACAUUUAACACUGAUGCGGAAGGUUUGGCAGACAGGAAUCCUAUGAUGGCAUGAACCGCGUUGUUGCAGAGGCCCACUCCAAGCGGUAAAAUGUCAGCCUUUCCAGUGACGUUCCGACUUGCUUGCUUGGCGCCGAGUCCUUGGCAGCUCAUGACCCAGUGCCACUGAUACAAUAAAGAAAACGAAAAGAAGGCAGUUGCUCGGAAAUUGCGCUGUAUCCAUGUCGCAACCUUUCCACCAGUGCUCGAUUCCGGCAAAGGGUGGAGCAUGUAACUCAUAGCGACCCAA